AUGGCUGCUAACCAGAAGGACAAGUCCUUCAUGGGCAUGCCCGGAUUCGUGGUCGACUUCAUGAUGGGUGGUGUCUCCGCCGCCGUCUCGAAGACCGCUGCUGCUCCUAUUGAGCGUAUCAAGCUCUUGAUCCAGAACCAGGCUCUCAACUUCGCCUUCCGUGAUACCUACAAGUCCAUGUUCGCCUUCAAGAAGGAGCGCGACGGUUAUGCCAAGUGGAUGAUGGGUAACCUUGCCUCUGGUGGUGCUGCUGGUGCCACUUCGCUCCUCUUCGUCUACUCCCUCGACUAUGCCCGUACCCGUCUUGCCAACGACGCCAAGUCCGCUAAGAAGGGUGGUGAGCGUCAAUUCAACGGUUUGGUCGAUGUCUACAAGAAGACUCUUGCUUCUGAUGGUAUUGCCGGUCUCUACCGUGGUUUCGGUCCUUCCGUUCUUGGUAUCGUCGUUUACCGUGGUCUGUACUUCGGUAUGUACGACUCCAUCAAACCGGUCCUCCUCGUUGGUCCUCUUGAGGGCAGCUUCCUCGCAUCCUUCUUGCUCGGCUGGACUGUUACCACUGGUGCUGGUAUUGCUUCUUAUCCUCUCGACACUAUCCGUCGUCGUAUGAUGAUGACUUCUGGUGAGGCCGUCAAGUACGCUUCCUCCUUUGAUGCCGCUCGUCAAAUUGCCGCCAAGGAAGGUGUCCGCUCCUUCUUCAAGGGUGCUGGCGCUAACAUCCUCCGUGGUGUUGCUGGUGCUGGUGUGCUCUCCAUCUAUGACCAGGUCCAGCUUCUCUUGUUCGGCAAGGCCUUCAAGGGUGGCUCUGGCUAA